AUGGUCAUAUACCUCUCUCCCUCUCCACCUUCUCAUUCAACUUCCAUCAUUCAAUUAUCCAAUUCAAAGAGACCCAUUUUAGAAUCUUCAUUAAAGUUCAAAACCCAUUUCUCAAAAUCACUUCUUUCUCCUUCAUUCACUUCCCCAAACGUGAAACUUACCACCAAGAAGCAGUUUUUGCAUCAUAACAGAAAUAGGGUUGUUGAUUUUAGAACCUCUGCUAUUGGUGGAUUUGAUUAUGGAAGCUUUGAAGGUCCUCAGUCUGUGCUUGAGGCCGUUGCUGUGUUGACAGCUAUCAUUGUUGUUCAUGAAAGUGGUCACUUCCUUGCUGCUUCUCUUCAAGGGAUUCAUGUGAGUAAAUUUGCUGUUGGGUUUGGUCCAAUUUUAGCCAAGUUUAAUGCAAAAAACGUUGAAUAUUCAAUUAGAGCUUUUCCACUUGGUGGAUUUGUAGGGUUCCCUGAUAAUGAUCCAGAUAGUGAUAUUCCUGUUGAUGAUGAAAAUUUGCUUAAGAAUAGACCAAUCUUAGAUAGAAUCAUUGUGGUUUCUGCUGGUGUUAUUGCAAAUGUUGUUUUUGCAUUAGUCAUUAUAUUUGUUCAAAUCCUUGCUGUUGGUUUGCCUGUUCAAGAAGUAUUUCCUGGUGUCAAUGUCCCCGAGGUUCGGCCCUUUUCGGCCGCAUCCCGAGAUGGAUUGCUUUCGGGUGACGUGAUCCUUGAAGUUAAUGGAAAUGAGUUUCUUAGACCUGGUCCUAAUUCUGUUUCUGAAGUUGUUGAUGUCAUUAAGAGUAGUCCCAAGAAAUAUGUUUUGCUUAAGGUAAAGAGAGGGGGACAAGACUUUGAAAUUAGGGUAACACCGGAUGAGAGUUUCGAUGGAACCGGUAAAAUCGGAGUUCAGUUAGCUCCGAAUAUUAAGUUAUCUAAGGUUAGACCGAAAAAUGUAGUUGAAGCUGUGAUCUUUACAGCAAAAGAGUUUUGGGGUUUAUCUUCGAAUGUUCUUGAUGGGUUAAAGCAGACAUUUUUUAACUUUUCUCAGACGGCUAGUAAGGUUUCGGGCCCUGUAGCAAUUAUUGCGGUUGGUGCAGAAGUUGCGCGGUCCAACAUCGAUGGUCUGUAUCAAUUUGCAGCCAUACUCAAUAUUAACCUUGCCAUUAUAAACCUUCUUCCUUUGCCUGCUUUGGAUGGAGGAACAUUGGCGUUGAUUCUCGUUGAGGCUGCUAGGGGCGGGAGAAAACUACCUAUAGAAGUGGAGCAACGAAUCAUGUCGUCAGGAGUUAUGCUCGUUUUGAUUCUUGGGUUAUACCUUAUUAUUCGUGACACUCUUAACCUUGAUUUUAUCAAGGAAAUGUUGUAA